GCGGAAGGCAGUUUAUUGAAUAAAUCGGUUGUCGUCGGUCCAAGUCCAGUCCCCACAUCCGAGUCCAAAAUUCCCUCCUUGCUAACGGACAGCAAAGUGUAAAGGCGCGAGUGAUUCCCCAAAUUCUCCACAAAGACUGAGAGAGAGAGAGAGAUCUAGAGUGCAGUUUACGCAGUAGCUUACCAAGGAUACACACAUCCCCUACAAAAAUAUUUAACAAAAUGUUCCGCUUUCUCGCCCUGACCACCCUGGUGGCCCUGGCUGCCUGCCAGAACAACUAUCACCAGGACCCCAAGACGGCGGCCAUCAUCAGCGAGCAGCGCUAUCUUUCUGGCGACGGUAAAUUCGGUGCCGCCUACGAGCAGGAGGAUGGCAUCAACUUCAAGGAGGAAACCGAUUCCGAUGGCACCCGCCACGGCAGCUACAGCUACGUGGAUCCCUCCGGUCAGCGUCGCACCAUCUCCUACACGGCGGGCAAGAAUGGCUUCCAGGCCUCUGGCGACCAUCUGCCCCAGGCACCACCCGCACCACCACAGCCCGUGCCCACCGCCGGAUACCAGCCACAGCCACAGUAUCAGCCCCAGCAACAGCAGCAGCAGCAGCAGUACCAGGCGCCCGCACCCCAGCACCAGCCCUCUUUCCGCAGCAACGACUACGAUGAUGGGUCGUACGAUCCCCGCUAUAACGAUCCCAGCUUCGGCCAGAACCAGCAGACUUAUCAUCAGCCGGCUCCUCAGCCGCAGUACCGCCCCGCCCCGCAGCCCGCCUACAAUCCGGCCCCACAGCAGACGUACCACCAGCCCGCCCCGCAGCCGCAGUACCACCAGCCGCAGCAGCAGCCCCAGCAGCAGGCGUACUACACCACGACCACGCCCAACCCCCAUCGCUUCUCGCCGCCCGGCAAGCUCUCCCUGAACCGCACGCCAGAUGGCUUCACCUACUCCUUCAACAAGGUCUAAGGGAUCCCAAGGAGACUUGGAGAUAGUUAUAGAUGUUGCAUCUUCUUCAUUACUCUUUACUCUCUUUACUCCCCUAACACGCCCUCUCUUCUGUCACAACUAGAACCCCCGAUUUCCACCUGAUUCUUAUUCUUGACUUCAUCAAAACUCUUGUGUGAUAUGUUUAAGAGCAAAUUGUAAACUAUGUGUCGUACUUCCUAUAUGCGUAUGAGCCGCUCUUCGUUUAUUUGUAACUCAUAAUUCUCCUCAGAUCCAAUUCCAGCUACAUAAUUCUUACUCUAAUCGAAGCUGUCUAAAUGUAAAGCGAAGCAAAUAAACUUGUUGCGGUUCGCAGAUGUUGAAUCCAAAUCCAAAUCCAAAA